CCGCUUUCCACGUUGAUGUCAUCUGGGCCUGCGACUCGUCAAUCGCCCAUCAUUCGUCGCCAAAAUUUGCAUAAUUCAACUUGUCACAGCAUGGAAAAGCAGACGGAAGAUAAACCUCUCAAGUUCCACCAAAGAAGUCAAUCCACAUGGGUAUCUCAACAAGAAACUCCUCCAGUUAUCGAACACUUUCUAGAAAGAUAUAAUCAAACCCAUUACCACUUCCUCGCCAAUCGCGCCAAAGAGUUGAUAGAAGAAGAACUGGCCAAGCCCGCAUGGAGCGACGUACACGUCAACGUCCGCUGUCGCGCCAAAGAGCCGAAAAGUCUCCGCGAGAAGCUCAAGCUAAGGCACACUGAUCCACAUUCUGGGACAGUAUAUGAGACGGUAGAUGAUAUCUGGGACGACAUCCACGAUCUCGCCGGGGUCAGAGUUAUACUGUACAUGCCUAGUGAGGAUCAGCGCGAAAAGAUCACUCAGGUUAUCCAGGCUAUUUGGGGUAAUGAUGUACAGCCAAAGUAUCAUCAAGGCUCAGAGGAUCGGAUAAAAUCGGAUGAACGAGCAAGAAUACUCAAUCCGUCAGAACGGCAGCAGAUGUCUAAGAAAAAGUACCGACCGAAACAUUUGGGCUACAUCGCAGUACAUUAUCGUGUCAAGAUGAAAGAAACGCAGGGGAAGAAAGAUUACUAUUUCCACAACCAAAGAGACAGAGUGGAGAUCCAGGUAGUUUCGGCACUUUCGCACGCAUGGGCUGAAGCAGGACAUGAUAUACUUUACAAAAGCUAUGCAUACGGGCCACCAACACUACAGGAAGAACUUCUUCUUGAUUCGCUCAAUGGCAUUGUCUUGUCUGGCGACCUUCUUCUCGAGCAGUUCCAUGAGCUGGUGAUGAAGCGAACAUACGCUAGAUUUCGCGAUAGUGGAGACUUCCGCAUUUUCCUCCGGGAAUUAGAUGUCCUCCAACCGCAAGAGGGUAGCGAUGAUGUUCCUCUAGAGUUCGAUGCGGAGGGAGUAGACGUACUCUUCCGCUUCCUGGCCAAAAUCGAAAAGAAUUACCCUGUAGCCGUGAGAAACGCUUUCAAAGACUUGGGCUUCCCGGGCAACUCAAGGUUAGAUUACGUCAUGGCUGAUGGCUUCAAGCCGAGCUUCGAUCCUGCGAAAGGGAUGAAGCCGACCAUAUGUCUGUUAAGACAUCUGUUGCCACAAUAUCUUUCUGAUAUUGUAUCCCCAACAGUAGAUCAAAGCCCCAAGCAACCAGACGAAACUGAAGCAAGACCUGUUUCUUUAGUUGAGCAAGGCGGAAUCAUGAUGAGUGCUCUUAUCCUUCUCCAAAACUGCUUUGAUCGUGCAGACCACACCAACAAAUUCUUGCGCGAACAGGUCACAAUGUCUGAGGAAGACCGCCGGUCGCUCGAUUUUGUACUGACCCAUUGCCACCGACAACUUCUAUGGGAUCGAGACAGUGACGGAAAAGGUUACGAGGGGAAAAUCGAAGGGAACAUCAAACCGGCAUGGAAAUGGUUUGAGAACGAGGCCCGCAAUCCGAGGAGCAUUUGCGGAAUGGUGUUCCAACUGGCCAAGAUGGGGGCAACAAAAGAAGUCGGGUAUACUACGCUUUUGGAGCAAUUAAAGAUCGGGCAUAUUAUCUCGAAAAAUGCGGAUCAGGUCAUGCGGGAUUUGUAA